AAGUCCACCUUUGCUUUCCAGAGCUCGAGUGGGCGGGGAGAGGUGGGAGGAGGAAACGGGCGGGGCCAGGGAUUCUAGGGAGAGUAGGACAGGAGCGGGCUCAGGGUCAAGAGGGACACACGGCUCCCGCUACCGCGACCGGGGCAGAUGUAGAUUUAGAAUCGUUUUCCAAAAGGUGAUUCAGACCAUGGGGACAUCCACAUCCACUCCUGCUGUUGCAGUGCAGGCCUCAACUGCAUCAGAGCAUCAGGCAAGCUCUCCACCUCCAGAAUGCCCAAUGCACCAAGUAAAAGAAAAAGGUUGUCCAUUGAAUAAAAACCCAUCUGAUAAAACUUGUGAAAGUCAAUCUGACUCAGUACCUGCACAUCAGGAUCGAGCAUAUGAAUAUGUGGAAUGUCCUGUAACAUCAGCUGGCCAUCAAAGUAAAGAUGAUAUAGAUCCUUCAAACAUGAUGCCACCACCUAAUCAGACACCGUCCCCUGGUCAGCCAUUUGCACUGUCAACUGUUAGGGAAGAAUCAUCAAUUCCCAGGGCAGAUUCAGAAAAAAAGUGGGUUUACCCUUCAGAGCAGAUGUUUUGGAAUGCCAUGUUAAGAAAAGGGUGGAAGUGGAAAGAUGAUGACAUCAGUCAGAAAGAUAUGUAUAAUAUUAUUAAGAUUCACAAUCAGAAUAAUGAACAAGCUUGGAAGGAGAUUUUAAAAUGGGAAGCUCUUCAUGCUUCUGAGUGCCCAUGUGGCCCAACACUGAUCCGAUUUGGAGGUAAAGCUAAAGACUAUUCACCAAGAGCUAAAAUUCGCUCAUGGAUGGGAUAUGAAUUGCCAUUUGACAGACAUGACUGGAUUGUUAAUCGUUGUGGAACAGAAGUUAGAUAUGUUAUUGAUUAUUAUGAUGGUGGAGAAGUAAAUAAGGACUAUCAAUUUACCAUCUUGGAUGUUCGUCCUGCUUUUGAUUCUCUUACAGCUGUUUGGGACAGAAUGAAGGUAGCUUGGUGGCGCUGGACUUCAUAACGAUUCUUUUGUUUUACUUUUAAAAAGAAAACUGUUAUUUCCUUUAAAGAGACCCAUUAAAAUAUUUUCUCAAUUUGAUGUUAAA